AUGAAGCGGCCCUUGAGCCCAACCCACCCCCACGGGAGCGGCAAUUGUGGGAGCCUGGCAGAGGACACGAGCCUAGGAUGCCCCCCAGAGCAGCGCACCAAGCGGGAGAAGAAGCACCCCUCGUUCACACUGUGUGAGGUGUGCAAUAUCCAGCUCAACUCCGCUGUCCAGGCUCAGAUCCACUACAACGGGAAAUCCCACCAGAAGCGCCUCAAACAACUCAACAAAGGCAGAAUCCUGACCAGCCAAGGUCCAGCCGGCCACAAUAGCUCCCUCUUAACUUCGCUUCCCAUCCCAGGACGGUCCCUACACUCGCCACUGGACAUCAAGCACUUUCUGACCUUUCGCCUCAAUGGGACGUCCCCGCUCAACCUCUUCCCCAACUUCAACACGAUGGAUCCAGUGCAGAAAGCAGUGAUCAACCAUACGUUUGGUGUACCCAACCCACUCAAGAAGAAGCAGUUCAUCUCUUGUAAUAUUUGCCAUCUCAGAUUCAAUUCUGCGAAUCAAGCCGAGGCACAUUACAGAGGCCACAAGCACGCCCGGAGACUCAAAGCCAUCGAAGGAGCAAAGACCAAGCAGAAGGUGCCUGAGAGCCGCAGCAGCGGCCAAGAAAAACCAGCCGACUUGGAUGCCCCGCUGGACCUCGCUGGAGACGCCACCAGCGACUCAGUACAACCCAAUGGCCUGCUGGAUUUGAAGCAGCGGACAGCGGAGCAGUACAGCUUGGUGAUGUCCCCCCUAGAGAAGUCCCCUGCCGAGCUGAUGAGCGGCGUCCUGCCCCUGGUCUCCCCACCCGUUUCAGAGCCCUCAGAGGGAGCUCCGGACACUGUGAGUGUGGCCUCCUCGUCAGCGGCCCCUGGAGCGGAGACUCCGGUCACCGAAUCGGGCAGCACCAUCAGCUCAGGACUGGAGGGGGAGAAAGAGGGGAAGAAAACUAAGCAACACUUGUUCUGUCCCACUUGCAAGGUGACUGUCAACUCCACCUCCCAGUUGGAAGCUCAUAACUCCGGAGCUAAGCACAAAUCCAUGCUGGAAGGCCAGGCAGUUUUGCCGAGACGAGGCAGGGGGAAGGUCCUCUCUCGAAUGGGGCACAAGCCCAAGCGCAUUGGCAGCAAAGGCAUCCAAAACAAGGCCUUCCAGUGCCAGGCGUGCGAGAUUUAUGUCAACUCCGAAACCCAGCUCAAACAGCACAUGAGCAGCAGGCGGCAUAAGGACAGGUUGGCGGGGAAGCCCCCAAAGCCCAAAUACAGCCCAUAUAGCAAGCUCCAGAAGAACGCGGCCCUGGCAGUGAGUAUUCUGAAGUCCAAGCUGGCUCUGCAGAAGCACCUCACAAAGACCCUGGCUGCACGGUUCCUGCCCAACCCCUUCGCCUCAGCCGCCGUCUGCGCCCUGCCCAGCCCGCUAACGCUGCGACCAGCUGCUGCCACCCUCUUCCAAGCUCCUCUCUUUGGACCAGCGCUGUUCCGGACCCCGCCAGGCCCUGUGCGGGCAGCUACGGGCCCCAUCCUCUUUGCCCCUUACUAAAGAACC